AAUCCUCCUUUUUCGGUCCUUUUCCUGUUUGCUCGACUUUUCCUGCACCUCGUUGGGUCCUGCAGCCCACACGUUGGGACGUCGGGUUUCUGUCACAUUGUGCCAGUGGUCACAUGGCUUUGGCCCUCAGGAAUGGAUCCCCACGUCAGCGUGCGCGUCUGAGGAGUCGUGCUCCGGCAGUCCUGCCUCUGUGCGCAGCGCAGCGCGGCGCAGCGCGGCGCCGCGGAGCACCAAUGGCAGGAUCACGCUCGAGCCUUUUAUUUUGAAGUUUCUCCUCGUUCCUCCAGCGGCAGAAUAUGGAUUUUGAAGAGCGCMUUUCUGGCUCCAGUAUGUAUUUACCGAGCUGCACGUACUACGUCUCCGGAGCGGACUUCUCGGCUCUCCCUCAUUAUUUAACCCAGAGCCAGACCUCCUGCCCGGUCACGUACCCGUACCAGUCCGCGGCGCUGCCACAGGUCCCCUCCGUCAGAGAGGUGGCCUUCAGAGACUAUGGCAUUGAGGCUCCCGGUAAAUGGCACCACAGCAGGGGGACUUUGACGCACUGCUACCCCGAGGACCUCGGCUGGGCGAGUCCGACCUCCCGCGGGGCGGAGAUCCUGGUGAAGAGCAGCAGCAGCAGCAGCAGCAGCAGCAGCAGCUCCGGCUCCUCCUCGGGUCAAGCCCCGGGCUUACACGGCGGCAGCCUCGGGAAGAACGGGAUCCUCCCGCAGGCGUUCGACCAGUUCUUCGACUCCGCGUACGGCGGCGGGGGCGGCGGCACGGGCGCGCCUCCCACGGCGGCGCAGGCGGACACGGACACGCGCGGCAAAACGAGCCCGGCUCCGGCUCAGCUCAGCCCGGACUCUGCUGCGGAGAGCUGCAGCCCCAAGUCUGCGUCCGGGACCGGCGAGGAGAGGCAGAGCAGUG